ACAUGAUACAUGAAUCUUCCCUCAAUUUAGUGAGCCUCAACCCCUCUCAAAUAAAUAAUGGUCAUGGUUCCCUCUUAUGUAGGCUUGGCAAUGGGACAAGAAUUCAGGGUACCCGCCCGGAUCUGCCCGAAUUAUGGUGGUGAAAAUCAGGUCAAACGGAUUGCUGACGGGUAACGAGAACCCGAAACUCGCUAUAGCGGGUUGACGGGUGGUUGUGGGUUUGGUGGUAACGGGAACCCGAACCCGCUUCCCCUUGAUUCAGCAACCCCAUCUUAGCCUAAUCUCAACUCAUUUCGCGAAAAAAACUCCUCUAUUUGACAUAGAGCCGCUCUGAAAAACUAAUCCCCAACCGUAAGUCCCUCCCUAACCCUUCUUCUUCUCCUCAAAUCUCGCAUUUUGCUCUUCGAUUGGAGAGAAAACUGCACAAAAUCCCUACAUUCGUUGCUCACAAGAGCAGAUACCCAAUCAAUCAUUUGAGGCCCUUCGAGUUUUUCGAAUCGAGCCAUUCACGAUGGCGAUUAUAGUGCCACUUUCCUUUUAUCGACUCUUCGAUAUCAUCAUCAUCUUCUUCUUCUCCUCCUUCAUGCAUGCGCCUAUAAAUAUUAUAAUUGAGUGUUUAUCCUUGCAAAUUCUCAGAACCCAAACCACUCACGAGGGAUUGAGGUAGUAAAGCUAGUAGUUUCCUGCAAUUCCCAUUUCCAGUCACAACAAUUACAAGGAGAACAAACCGUAAGUGUUCUUCUUCCUGUAGUUUGGGAUUUGCGAGAUUCUAUUCAAGUGCUUGUCUGAUGUCUCAUGUCUAACAGAUGGUUGCUUUCUUGAUUUAUGUUAGGUUUUCAAGGUUAUCGAUUGGACUGUUGAAGUGUUCAUUGAUUAUUCAUGAAGGUAUAUUACAUGAUUGUCUUAGUUCUUGCUAGUUUUAAUUUUCAAUUGAUUUAGGAUACUUAAUCCAGUAGCUACUGCCUAAUGAUUGGUUUGCUUUCUCGCGUGAUUGAUGAAAAUGCGAGGUAAGGUAAUGGAAGGGGUUGAAUUCACUACCGCACCCAACUCUCAAUCCGCACCCCAACCCUCAGCCCUUGCUUAAACCCCAGAGCAGCAACCUUGGUUAAUUUACCAAAUUAACCCAUGGAAUACAACCUUGGUAGUCACUAUAUUAGCAACGCCUUUUCGAGUUAUACUUGGUUCAGAAUGUGGUAGUUAGUUAGGCUGUGCAAACUUCUUGAGUAAAAUUACAUGUAGGAAUAUGUUAUAUAUGUAUCUUGUUCGCUUUCUCUACAGAGGGCACAUCAAUUGGGAAGAGCCCAAUCUCUCAUCUUUAGUGCAUCAUGGGUCAGAAUAAUCUUUUAGGAUACAAUCCAAAGGAAAAUAUAAAUCUUGUGUGGGAUGGCAGCUUGCCAAAUGACAUUAAGGGGGAAGUCUCUAACUCAUGGAAACUUUGAAAACAACAUGGGAAAGAUCCCACACCACUCUUGAAGGACCAAGGGUUGCACCCUACUAACCCACUUAUCUCGGCUGACAUCCAUUCGGUUGACUCAUUGGGGAAUUAACGAUGGAUCAAAUCUCUUCACCACGAGUUCCUAUCAUGCCCGUACCUCUACCACCAUUUACACAUGAGAGUUUGAUUCCUAGUUUUAGUAUUUGUAAUUGUAAUGCUCAGCCCGCCCAAUUUUGUUGGCGCUUGGCAUCUUUGAAAGGCCACCAAAUAGAUCUUAUGCUCUGCGUGCCCACCAAACCAGAUGAAGUCAAUCUGUCAAAAUUCUCAAUUACUGCACUAAGAGCACUAAAAAGAACGCAUAUAUACAGCGGUCGAGUAGCCAAAACCAUGUUACAUAACAUGAUUCUUCCGCCCAGUGAAAGGUGCUUGCCACGACAAAAAAAAACUGAUUUUUAGUCACAUUAUCUUCUUCACAGGAUUUUUUCUUGUAUUAAGAAGUAUAGUAAUAAUCAUAGGAAAAAUGUUAUAUUUGAUUGUAUAGUUUUAGUAACAGGAAUUAAUUUGUCUAUUUUUUAUUCUUCAUAUUCCGUGAUUAAUACUUAGUCAUGAUUAGUUCCCGUGAAUAAUUGACCAAUUUUACAUUAAAAAAUGUCCUCAAAAUUUAAAAGGAAAAAUUUCCUCUACAUCCUAAAUUUUAUUUUGAGGGAACUUUACUUUGGAUCUAAAAUUUAAUUUGGCUUCCAAAUUUCUCACAACAAAAGUAUGCAACCUUAUUAAACUGAAAAACAAAAGAGUAUCCCGCCUUCUGCUCCUUUCAUAACUUUUGCCCCUAAAAGUGAACAUAUUCUAAAGGCACCAGCCAGCCUUGUACGUAGGGAUGUCAAUCCAACCCGUAACCAUGGGUAUCCUACUAGACCAUAACCGGUCAACGAGGAUAAUUACCAGUUUUGACGGGUUAAGGGGCGGGUAUGGGUAAAACCCUGUUUCAAAAUAAAGGGUAGGGUACGGGUAUGGUAAUCGAUAAUACUCGUCCUGUUAUACCCGCCCCGCUAUCCAAAGGGUCAAUUUCCCUAGCCCUAACCCUACCCAGCAGUCGAUUUUCCUUGCCCACACACAAGUGAGGUGCUUGCUCAGGCUCUUCUUGAAACUUUACUUGCUUGGGAUAUCGAUACAAAGGUAUCUACGAUUACCUUGGAUAAUUGUUCUACUAAUGAUGCCUUGAUGGAUGUCAUGAAGCAUAAGUUAAGCAGUGAGCAUUUGACGUGGUCUGGUUCUAAAAUUGUCUUUGCUGUUUUUGUGUUUAUGUGUGGAUUGUUGAAGCUAGAACAAAUAUGAUGUAUUGUAUUUUUGUUUAUGUGGAUUGUAGAAGCAAGAACAAUUAUUAUGUGUUUGUUUGUUUUUAUUUGUGUGGAUUGUUGAAGUUAGAACAGUUACAAGUAUUGAGAAUUUUUAAUGGACAACAGUAUGCAUGUGCAUAUAUGUGUAUAAGUUCAUAUUUUAGAAUUUGUACCCAUGUUUACCCGAAUACCCGUGGUGACCCGGUGGGUAGGGUAUGGUGAUAUCAUUUUCAUACCCGGUAGUUAUUUGAUCGGCUAUUUUAGGAGGCUCUACCCGGCGGGUUAGGAGUUGGUAUAGAGUAAACCCGCACCCGACCCUACCCAUUGCCAUCCCUACUUGUACGCAUUAAUCUGUUGCUUUCUCUUAGCCUUUCCCUCUGUUUCUCAAUCAAACAAUUAACCUAUCCACACAAACCAUCCCAUCUCCUUCCAGGCACCUCACAACCUCUCGGCCUUGAGUACUCAUAGAGAGCAGGUGGAACGAUCACUUGUCUUUUUCUUUAUUCUCCAACCAUCGUUGGUGUUGAAUAAGUUGAAGAUGCUCCUUAUCCCUCCGAAUCGAAGUUGUCUUCAUCAAUAAUGUCCUCCUCCCCUAAGCUUUACUUGAAAUUGGUGGGGCUUGAGGGUUCUUCUUCUCCUAACCUAGAUACUCCUUCCUUCGUCUUCAAGAUGAGUGAGCUCGAUGCUCCUCCUUUUUUAACUAUCUCUUGCACGACCUUUAGGUUUUUGGUUUUUCUCCUAGUACUUACUAGACUCAUGUGAAAUUCUGCUAAACAACAGAAACUUCAAACUAAAGAAAGACACAAGAUGAUUAGAUGCUUUUAUACAUGAUUAGAAAUAACAGAUAGGGCUUCGAAAACUUGAUGUGGGAAAUUGUAGAUCGAAGUAAUACAUCCUAGGGGAUGCCUAUGGAAGUAUUCUACGAGGUCUUCUAAUUUUUUUUAUAAAGGUGAGAAUAGCAUUAAAGAAAAGGAAAAGGAAAAGUACAUAAUACAAACCCAGCAUGAGACGUGCUUCAAAAAAGGAAAAGCAAAAAAUCAGCAAAAAAUAAUAAUAAAGGGCUUAGCCCACCAGAAAGCUCAUGCCCAGGAAGAAAAAGGGAACAAGAGGGGGGGGGGGGGCAAGCAUCUCAGACAGGUCAUUACAUCCCCGCAACGACUGCAAACAAACAACAGCUAACGGAAAGAAACAACAAAUCAUAUGGAUUACACAACAGAAAAACUCAACUCAAUCAAAACGAUUCUUCAACCAAUCUACACCUUGAGACUUAUCCACUUUAGCUUGAAUAACCACCCACUCAAUGACCGCAUUCGCGAUACGUCGGGCAAUGGUACUGGAAAGCAAGCUUUUGUCCUGGAAAAUGCAUCGGUUUCUCUCAAGCCAAAGGUGCCAGCAAGUGGCGUGGAGCAAGCAAAAGCAAAACCAUCCAUCAAUGGUGUUGGGAAGUGAAUCUGACCAAUUACGGAUUGCCAACAAAAUGUCGUCUUGCGGUUGAUAAGCCUCUCUGCAUCUAUUCUUGAUGAAACUCCAUACUUUCUUGGCGUAGUCGAACUCGGUGAAUAAGUGAUCGUCAGAUUCCUCCUCUUUACAGCACAGAACACAACGGUUAGCCAGUUCCAACCCUUUUCUUUUCAGUAGAUCAAUUGUCGGAAUUCUUUUGUGGAAAACAGCCCACAUGAAAAAGCAAAUCUUGGUUGGGAUGAUACUCUUCCAAAUGCGGGAGCAAGGGAAGUCAGGUACUCCCGGGAAAGAAUCUGCAGCAAUGCAUCUAUACAUGGAGGAAACAGAAAAGGUCGAGUCUGGGUUGGGAGUCUAGAAGGGUCUGCACGGACUAGCAACAUCAUUAUAAAAAUCACAGGAACUAAUAAAAUGCACAAGAUUCCGCCUCUCUCUCUCAGCCCCACCCCUCAAAUUAUAUUUAAAAUCAAUUUCCCACCGCAAAGACUCACCUGAAUGAGAGUAGAUGUCCGCGAUUUGGGCUUUAGGGGCAGUGGCAGCGGCGACAACACUGGGGAAAUCGUAAGCAAGGAUACGCCCAAGAGACCAGCAAUCAAACCAGAAGGAAACAUUAGUACUACUUCCCGGAUCUAUGUAAACAUAGUUCCAGAACGAUUUGUAUUCUCUUGAAAUGGUGGCCCAAGGGGAACUUCCAUAUCCAUUCUUAAUCGGACCGGUAAUCCAUGAGGAGCACCUAUGCUUGUAUUUAAGCUCAAUAAGAUGACACCACCAGCUUGUGCUUUCUGUGAUAUACUUCCAAAGCCAUUUAGAUAGAAGAGCUUUGUUGAAACUCUCCAAAUCGAAAAGACCCAGCCCCCAUUAGUUCUAGAGGCUUUGCAUAUAUUCCAUUUAACCAAAGGAGGCUUCUGAGCAUCACCAGCACCAGACCACAAAACUUCCUCAUAAUACCUUCCAUCUUGUUUGUUGUUGAUUUUGGUGCUUUAAAAAUGGGGAAGUAGUGAAUAGAUAAACUCGAGUAUUUAGGGGGUUUUAUCUAAUAAACAAGCAAACAACAAUAGUAAAAAUUUUUAUGUGUUUUUUGAUUUAUAGACACAUAAAAGUAAAGAUACGUUAUUCUAGAAGAGAGAAAACUCGAGUACUAUCAUGCAUACUAGGUUCAAUCACAACAUGGAUCAAUGAUUCAUCUAUAGCAUAACUCUAUCCCUUCCACUAAAGCCAUUCUCUACCCGUUCAUGUGCCUCCUGUGAUAGAAAUUUAACUAGCUAAUGCGUACUUUCGUUUCAUGCCACCACCUAGUUAAUGAAGAACAAAGAAGUUAGGGUACCACAUGAUUAAUUGUUGGUUUCUACGAACCAUAAUUGAUGGUCUAUACCAUCAUUGAUCUAACAACAAGCAUUGAUACUACUCGAGGUAUAGAUGGUUGAUACUAAACACAAUGCACAUAGUAGAUAAACGAGUCCACAUCUUCGUACAAUCUAUCUCGAGCUAGCUACAUAGAAGAGAAGGAGGUUACCACCAUUGAUGAUGACAACAUCUCCUUAAAUGUAGACUCUCCUAUGAAAGCUAAGCUCUUACUCGUGCAGAGUAUAAAAGUUUUUGUGUGUUAGUGCAACCUUACUAAGCUAAUAAGUCAUGCCAUAUAUUUAUAGGGGAAGAACCCGAGUAAACGUGUCCUAAAUUUAAUAGGAAAGGGUUUCCUAAUCUUUUUGGGCUAAGUAAAAUUCUUACACAAGGAUUAGGGUUAAUGGCGGUAGGGAGUAGGGCUGGGAAUCCGGUCCCGGUUUU